AUAGUAAGGAGACAGUAAACUGGACAAGACAUAUGGAUGAUGCCCUCAUUGAUGCUUUUAUGACUGAAUAUAAUGAGGGCCGCAAAGUUAAUGGCACUUUUACAUCUACUGCUUAUGAUAAUAUUGUUAGAUAUUUAACUGCUUUGUUUGGUAAGCAAAUUGAUAAGGACAAGGUCAAAAACCGAUGGAAGACUUUAAAGAGAAAUUUUUCAAAUGUUUAUGAUAUUUUUAAAAGUUUGAGUGGGUUUGCUUGGAACCCAACAACUCAUUUGUGGGAUGCUGAGCCAGAAGUUUGGGAUACACUGAUUGAGGCUAAACCUAAGGCAGCACAGUGGAGAAACAAUCCUUUUCCAAAUUAUGAGAAGAUACUAAUACUAUAUGGAGUGGAUAGAGCUAAUGGAGAUGAGGGGGAGACAAUGCGUGAAUGGAGGAAGAGGCGUCGUACUCAAGAAGAGACCACUAGAACUGUUAAUGAUAUUGAUAACCUUGUUUCACAAGGUAGAUAUUCAUUACAAAAUGAUGAUGAUUUUGUUGAGUUAGAUGGACAAAAUAACUCACCUGGACAAGGAUUGUCACCUGAAGAAGAUAAUUCUCCUGUUGCUAAUAGUGCUUGUAGUAAGAGGACAAAACGAGCAUCCAAAGAGCAUGAAAAUAAUUUAAAGGAACUAACUGAGGCAAUAUGUCGAGUGGCUGAUGCAUUAGAUAGAGGAAAUGAGGCAAUACUGCAAGGAAACAUAGCUAUAACAAAAGCCUCCACUACAAAGAUGCAAGCACCACAGCUAUCCGGUGAAGAACUUUGCAAACUGCUUGAAGAAUGUGGGAUUGAGAUGGAAAAAAUACCUGAUGUAUAUUGCUUCCUUAUGAAUGAUGUUGAUAAGCUUAGAACAGCUGUUCAAUGUCCGGUUGCAAUAAGGAAGCAAGUGAUAAUGAAGAUGUUUUAUGGUUCUUAUUAAAUAGUUGUUUAACCACUUACUAUGAUGACUUUUGAUAUAAGCCCAACGUGAUUUCUAACAACUGAUGCUUUUUGUAUAUUUUGAUAGGUGCUAACAAUUUGAGCUUUUUAAUAGUAGGGAUGACUUCAUUUGCCCAA